GGUCCUUGCUUGGCAAUCGUGCCUCCCUUCUACCUAUAGCAGUUGAACAAAAGACUUUUGUCCGUUUGUUGCUCAUUAACAGUCAGUUGCCCAUCAAGUAUUGGACUGAGAAUAGAUCGAUCUUCGUGUCUUGGCGAUCUGCUGCUAUAGGUCUAGCUAAUUGAAGAUAACUAGAGCGAGUUAGUUAACGGACGGCUUUCGGCUGUUGGAAGGGCUCUAUUCACAAGACCUAUUUCAAGAUAUAGCCAAUAGUCUUAGUUUCGUGCGUGCUUGUCGUGUCGACGUCGUUAGCGUCUUUGGAAACUAAGGCAACGUGAAGUGCAUCUCUUUCAACGCAAUUCACUGACUAACAUGAAUACCACCAUAAGAUUUCGCAAAAACUACCUUCUAUUUUUUGCCACAUUAAUCGUCGUCUACAUUACGACAGCGAUGAAGAAAACGGACGUCGCCCAACCAUCUUAUGAUGUCCUUAUGCGGGAUAAUCAACACGGCCAGCCAAUCGACCAACUGGAACAAAUAGCUUCAAUGUCAAACGAACAGAAGAGAACGUCGGACGAAAGCGUUUUGCUCGUCGGUCGUGAAUAUUUUCAAUACUUAACCAAGCAAUUUCAUGAAACUCCUUAUCCAGGAGUGGACAUGUAUACCCAGUACGUCGUGACUCGAUUGCAACUGAAGCCUUUACGCGGCGUCGAAGCUUUACGACCCAAUUUCGGGCCUGUGCUUAACGAUGUCAAAUCUUUCGGUUAUCCCAUCAAAAUCUCUCCGUGUCGCGAAGACGCUGUCUACGAGCUUCCGAGGCUCUUUGUUGCCAUCAUUUCCGCCGUGAGUUAUGUUGAAAAACGGCGCCUUAUCCGCCAGACGUGGUUACGUCAUUUGCGAUCGCAGUCGGAUUCAGGCUCGUCGAUACAGCUAGUUGGCUUUGGUUUCGUCGUUGGACGGACUCAUGACCGGGACUUACAGCUGAGAAUCGAAUCGGAGAGUUCAACGUACGGUGACAUCCUUCAAAUCGACAUGGCCGAUGUCUACAGCAAUCUGACGCUGAAAACAGUGGGUCUGCUGAAUUUCAUCGGCGAUCACUGUUCUCGCAUCGAUUUCGUAUUAAAAGUUGACGACGACGUCUACGUCAACGCGAGAAACUUGGUAAGUCUCGUGAGACAACUCGACCCAGCCGAGAAGAGCGUGUACGGGACGUCGACGACCACUAAAGUACCAAGAGAGGGGAAAUUCGCGCUUAGCAAGGAGAUUUGGCCAUGGUCGAACCUUCCGUUUUAUUGCAUGGGAGCUGCGGUAUUGAUACCUGCUAGUACGAUCGAUCCUUUAUUAGCGGCUUGCCAAACGACGCCUUAUUUUACCUUUGAGGAUCUGUAUCUCGUUGGACUGUGCACUAGCAAAGCCGGCAUUAGAGUUCGCGAUUCAGUCAGUUUAUUAGGCGAAGAUGCCAAACUCGUUCCGAAGCCGUGUUACGUGCAGGACACCAUUACUUGGCUGACCAAGUCAGAUGAACACUUCAACAACUCCAAUUGGGCAACCGAAAGUUUUUACAAGAACGUAACCCCAUGCUUUUUUAAAGGCCUCGACGGUACGAGAGAAGCUUCUGACCCCAUGCAGGUUAUUGAGUUUUCUUUCGACUGAUUACAGCCUUCGAGCUAAAGCCGUUACCUGCAAGAAUGUAGCGUCAUGUAGUUAUAAAGGAGCUUUAUUAUCCGAGGCUGUGUCAGCUGGUUAGGUUGCUAAUACA